GAGGUCAGCCCCUACAUGGUCGUGGCUGCGGGCACCCACGCGCUCGUGGGCACGCGGGACGGGGACGCCCUCGACGUACCAUGCCUGGAGGACGGCAGGGACGCAUACUACGCUGCCGCAGCUGGUCUGCCGAGCUCCGACAGCGCGGCAGCCGACGACCUCCCCCCGGCGUUGCUGGCCAUAGGAUUACGCCACGACGGCCUCCAGGCUCUGCGGGCCGCGCUGGCCGCUGCCGACCGAGCGGUGGACAUCCUCGCUAUCGCUUGCCGGCGGACUGCCUCGCCGGGCGUAGCAACGGGCACGGACUUGUGUCUUCUGGCGCAUGCCGAGUGGGGAGCCCGGAACCUCGCGAUGGCAGCCCAUUUGACAGCGGUCGGACAGCCGCUGACAGAUCGCGGCCGCGCCGUGCAGUGCUUCGCCCUCCAGGUGCCCUUGCGCCCCGAGCCAGCCCGCCCUCCUGUGGAGACGAUCGUGACUUGGGCCGGAGCGGCCGAGCUGGCCAGCGAAUGCCUGCACAUCCUACUCCACGAAGGCCUGGACCCGCACGUGCACGCGGCCCUCCUUCGCUUCCAGGCUGCGACCAGGGCGCGUGGCCUGAGUAUGGAGUGGGCCACCGAAUCCCUCAGACCCGGAAGCGAUCCACACCAGGCGGGGUCCCACGUGGCGCCACUCCUUUACCACGCAAUCCGUGUCACGUCAGCGCCAGCGGCCCCAGACAUCGCAACUUUGGGAAGUGCUCUCGCAGCCAUCCAGCACCAGGGCUUCACCUUGACUUGGUGGCGGGAUCGAGAUACGCACCAUGCCGUGCACAUCCCGAUGGCCCGCGGCAGCAUCCCAGCAGCGGUGGCCGCAGCGGAGGAGCCCGCUCUCCAGAUGGGUGGCCGCGUCGCAGCGCGGAUCGAUGGGCUGUUACUGCUGGACCUCCUCCCAGCAGUCACGGAGGGCGUGGUCCGUGCGGCACAGCUUGACCAGUGGAUUUCCCCGGCCGCGCCGGCCAGCCGCAUCCUCUGGGCUGGUGACGCCCACAGGCCGCGGGGGUUCCUCUCCACUACGGGGCCGACGGCAGGCCAUGAUCUUCUCUGGCUGGUGGUCACCAGAAACCAGGUCUCCGACGGGGACGUCGCGCGCCGCCUGCAGGACCUACUGGCGCACCCCGUCCACGUCUCGACAGUCAACGCCCUGGACCCAUCCACCGACAGGUUCGACAACAUGAGCCUUGUUCGGGUCGCGGCGCCUGCGGCCGACCGCAUGCGCAUCCAGGCGCCGCGGCUGGAGGGCGCUCCACCUUUCUCGCAGGUGGCACAGAGGACGCCCCUCGAACCCUCGGGAGCCGCUCUUGGUCCGGCGGUGCCCCGGCUGCUGGAGUUCCGGACGGGCCCAUGGCCGUCGGGCGGCCAGGCAGAUGCGGACAGUUGGGCAGACGUCUGGACGCGCAUGCUCUUCCUCGGGACCGUGGUGCACGCGCGCCUCUGGGUGCCAGCGGAGCCCACCCGCCCGGCCUCCCGCCCCCCGCCGCUGCCGCUAGGAUGCCAGGACCACUUUUCGCAGACUCUCCACUCCUCUUUGGGGGCGGGGGCCGCCUUCCGGCAGGAGGGCGGGGUCUCGGGCCUCAAUGGCUGGAGCGACCACCUGCUUCCCGGCGAGCUCCUCCUCGUUCGCGUCGCCGCGGGGAGCCGCCUGCGCCUCCGCGCACCAGGGGAGGAGCUGUCGUGGACGCCUACGUUGCCAGCGUGGAUCGCGGUGGUGCACCCCGCCGAGGCUGACGGCCGGGCCGCGGCUCACCAACUCGAUGGAUUCCUGCACGUGGACGUGGAGCUGGCCGAUG